UGCCUCCUGGUCCUUCCAUCACUCAUUAACCUUAUUACAACUUUCUUUCCUUUCUGUUUCUUUCUGUUUUGAGGUUUUGUUGAAGAUAUUCCUGAAGACUCUUUCCAAGUUCCCACUGCAAAAAAAAUGGCCAAGCUGACAGCUACUCCUCUCAGUGCACUUGCUGAUGAGCCUGUGCACAUCCGAAUCACAGGCCUGGCCCCCUCUCAGGUGGUGAGCCUCCAGGCAUCACUGAAAGAUGAGAAAGGGAACCUGUUUGCCUCUCAGGCCUUCUACAGGGCCAAUGAAGUGGGGGAGGUGGAUCUGGAGCGUGAUCCCUCACUUGGAGGAGACUAUGUGGGCAUCCACCCCAUGGGUCUUUUCUGGUCCUUGAAACCUGAAAAACCAUUGGGUAGACUGAUGAAAAAAGAUGUGAUGAAUAGCCCCUACCAAGUCCACUUACAACUUUGCCAUCCAUCCUUACCAGUAAAAGGUAUAGUUGCAAGUCCUCCUAUGGAUAGUCUGAUUUUGGAAAGGUGGUAUGUGGCACCUGGUGUCACGAGGAUCCAGGUAAAGGAAGGUCGACUCCGGGGAGCCCUGUUUCUGCCUCCAGGAGAAGGUCCUUUCCCGGGGGUCAUUGACCUGUUUGGGGGCUGUGGUGGACUGAUUGAGUUCCGGGCCAGUCUACUGGCAAGUCACGGCUUUGCAACUUUUGCUCUGGCUUACUGGGGCUAUGAUGACCUGCCCUCUCACCUGGAGACAAUAGAUUUGGAGUAUUUUGAAGAAGGUGUAGAGUUUCUCCUGCGACAUCCUAAGGUCCUGGGUCCAGGUGUUGGCAUCUUGUCUGUGUGUCUUGGAGCAGAGAUUGGACUCUCUAUGGCUAUUAACCUAAAACAAGUAAAAGCCUCUGUACUUAUAAAUGGGCCUAAUUUUGUUACUGACAGUCCUCAUGUAUACCAUGGUCAGGUCAACCAGGCCGCACCCAGCAAUGUAGAAUUUACAACCACCAAUGCCUUGGGACAUGUAGAGUUUUAUCGAGUCUUUGAGGAAACUGCAGAUAAGGAUAGCAAAUACUGUCUUCCUAUUGAACAAGCUCAAGGACAUUUCCUUUUUGUGGUGGGAGAGGAUGAUAAGAAUCUCAACAGCAAAAUGCAUGCUGAUCAAGCCACAGCACAGCUGGUGAAGAGUGGGAAGAGGAAUUGGACUCUGCUGUCUUACCCUGGGGCAGGUCACCUGAUUGAGCCUCCCUAUUCCCCACUGUGCAAAGUCUCCAGGAUGCCCUAUUUGGCCCCAAACAUCAACUGGGGAGGAGAAGUUAUCCUACAUGCGGCAGCACAGGAGCAUUCUUGGAAAGAGAUACAGACAUUUCUCAAGAAACAUCUCAGUCCAGAUUUAGGAAGUCAGCUCUGAGCGGCUUUGAUUCUGUUACUGGGAAGUAGAGCUAUGCAUCUCCUGACCAGCACCUCUCACCUUCCACGGAGGAAUGUCUUUGAAUGAAGAAGGAAGGUACCGUUAGAAAAUGCAGGACAGCUGCGAGUGAUGGUGCCUUGACUUUGUAAGGGAAAAAUGUUUUCCCUGUAAUGAAAUGUCACAUGG